UCUAAAUUGAAACUAAAAUAGUUAUAUUUUGUCUUCUCAAAUAUUAAAUUUGUGCAAUAAAUUAAGUGAAAAUGCGUUUAAAUCCUAUUCUUUUCACGGCGCCUUCAGGUAAAAGUGCCAGAAGACCUCAAAGAGAACCUGUUCCCUUUCAAAUGCUCUUACCACUUCGUCUUAAAAAGAGCGUAUCUGGUAAAGGGGAUAAACUUAAAGAAGCUGCUUGUAUGCAAGAGAUGGCAGUAAUGUUCGCAUGUUUUAAAAAGUCAGAGUUUGAUCAAGAACAGUGCUUGAAAGAGGUAUCAUCAUUUCAAACUUGUUACAAUGAGUAUAACGAACGGGCGAAGCUACAGCGAGAACAAGGCAAGAAAGGUAUUCUCGUACCUGGAGAAAAGAGUCUGACGCAUAGACAAUUGAAUCAACUUUUAAAGUCCUUUCCUCCGAAAAUAUAAACUAGCUUUAAUCAUGUAGUUUCUAGAUUGUCUCAAUAAAUAAUUUA